AUUUACGCAGCGUAAUCGACCAAUAGAAUAGCAAAGUGUCGUGACGCAACUUCCUGACCGGUAGUUUUGCGGGAAGUUUGGUCCUAAUACAGUCAACCGUAGCCUACAGUCAACGAUAAACAACAAAGUGAAGAUGCCCCCUAGAGCCAAGGCGUCAAGGAAGGGCAGAGCUCCAGCUAAGCGAAAUCUGGCAGAGGAGUUUCCACCUGGAGAAGUCUUGACAGAUACUGGGAAGAAGACCUGGAAACUUGGGGCUCCAAUCGGCCAGGGGGGGUUUGGUCUCCUAUAUUUGGCCAAUGAAAAUUCUGCAAAAUCUGUGGGUGAUGAUGCUCACUAUGUCAUCAAAGUGGAGCCCAGUGAAAAUGGACCACUUUUCUCUGAGCUCAAAUUUUACAUGCGAGCUGCUAAGCCUGAUCUGAUUCAAAGCUGGAUGAAGUCUCACAAGUUGAAAAAUCUUGGAGUUCCCAGGUACUGGGGCUCAGGUCUGCAUGAGAGAGGAGGGAAAAGGUAUAGAUUCAUGGUUAUUGACAGGCUUGGCACAGACCUGCAGAAGAAGUUUGAAGAAUGUGGAAAGAUGUUCCCCAGAAAACUGGUUCUUCAGCUCAGUCUUCGACUGCUGGAUAUUCUGGAGUACAUCCAUGACCAUGAGUAUGUGCAUGCUGACAUUAAAGCAUCCAACCUCAUGUUGAGCCACAGUGAUCCCAACCAGGUUUACUUAGUAGAUUAUGGGCUGGCAUAUAGGUACUCACCCGACGGUGUCCUCAAAGAGUACAAGGAAGAUCCCAAGAGAUGUCACAACGGUAGCAUCGAGUUCACAAGCAUUGACGCCCAUAAAGGAGCAUCUGCAUGUAGGCGGAGUGACCUGGAGAUCCUGUGCUACUGCAUGGUUCAGUGGCUGUGUGGUCGGCUGCCCUGGGAGGACAAUCUGCAGGACCCUCUCUACAUCAGAGACUCCAAAAUCCGGUGUCAAGAAAACAUCUCCCAGUUUAUGACCGAGUGUUUCUCCUCUCAAGACAAGCCAGAUGAAAUCCAGAAAUUCAUGGAGGAGGUUAAAUCUUUAGGAUACCAAGACAGACCACCCUACGAGAAGUUGCGCACCAUCCUGCAAACUGGGCUGAAGACCAUCCGGGCUAAAGAUGACGGCAAGCUUGAAUUUGCUCCUGUCAAUGGAGCUGUAUCACCACCUGCCCAGAAAACGGCCAAGAGAAAAAAAACAGAAGAUGAAGAGAGUGAGACUGAUGGAAGUCCCAUAAAGAAAAAGAGAGUCACAAAGAAAAAAGAAUUGAACAGACUGAAGAAGAGUCAACCAAGAAAGGUAGUGGAGAUGGGGACCCAGACCUCACCUGUACUUGCCCAGAAAUCCAGAGGCAGACCCAAGAAAACCAGAUCCUAAACAUCCACCUGUGUACACUCUUCCCUCCAUCCCCCUGCCUUUCCUCUGGCUCUUAAAAAAAAAUCACUUUUUUAAGUUUUAUAUGGUAUGAUUUUCGAUCUGUUACGCACUGAUUGUGAUUGAUGUUUGAUUAUAUUUGGGUGUGGUUGAAUAAAGGUAAAGGUAAUAAAGAUGAAAUCAAAUCA